AUGCCUGGCGUACAACAUCUUAUCGACUUCGUGCUGAACGAAGUCGCACUCUGCGGCAAUCAAGGCGCAACAUUAUCCGAUCUGCUACAAGCCAUUGAUGAUUACCAUACUCAACCUCAGAAUGGGACUCAAACAAAUCAAAAAAUUGAUCAUCGUUUCAAAGAGAAGGUCUGGUCCUGGCUCACGACUAACCCAGAGGUGUCUAUUGGCCAGCACAAUGAAUGGAACCAUCUCACCUUGGAUGAAGCGGAGCAGCUUGACUCACAAAAAAUCGAGCGCCAUGAUCCCAAUGAUCCCGAAGCCAACCAACCCGGAGAUCAGAACCCUGAUUUACCACCGCUUCGAAUUUAUGUCUCAGAAGAGAGAGCUUGGGUUGCCAUCACUGGUCAUCCACCAGACGAGUCCAAGGUAUUACCUCUUGAAUUUGCCUUACUGUCGGUGAUUGCUUCACGCAAGUCAAAGGGUAUUGUGCAGCCCGACUUGGUGAAGAUCAGUGGCCAGGACAAACGGUCUGUUCCGAAGCGUACCGAUGCUUUGCAAAGAAAGGGCUACAUCGACAAGCGACCUGUUCAAACAAAAACGGCCCGAACCAGCCUGUGCACGCUACAGCGAUUCUACCGCCACGCUAUCAGUGACCGAACAAAAGAAGAACCGCAAUCGAAGAACAUGAUUGAUUUCGACAGUUUCAAUACCAGCCUAUUCGAUAUUCUCCGGGAGCACCAACUGAUUGCACGCAAUGAUUUGAAAAGACUCCUGGGCUUCGAUGACCAUUGGCGUUGGAAAGUCUUGUCCCGUGCCCUCCGCAAGUGGGAGCGGAUAGGUGUGGUGCAGCGCGUGAGAGCCGAAUCACAAUACGAAAGAAUGCAUCCGUGUGUGAAGCUUUUACGAGAUCCCACGAAGCAAGAUCUGGAUCUUUUCCAUGAGUUCAAUUUCGAUGUUUUGAACAAGCAUGGGGUGCGAGCCAAAGGAACCAAAUUUACCCCGGACCAAGACCAAGACAUGAAGCUGGAGAGCCCGAGUAAAAGGUCGCUUAGUCCGGACGGUGGGGUUGAUCAGGUCAAAGAGCAUGUUGGAGAUGCUGCACGCAUCGUACCAUCUUGGUCCCCUGAUCGUAACCUUUACAAUCAAAUCUUUGACAUUGUUCAAAGAACAGGCACAACAGGCAUCACGAACCAGACCCUCAACUGGACCUGCUUUGGGUCUUUUUACAAGAGACCUGCUGAAAGUAUGGUACAUCGCUUGGUCGACCUAUGGCAAGUGGCCCAGCCACUUCAUCUCCGGCAAUACGCCAUCGUUCGAGAUAUGGCGAUGAAAAAGACCAUCAUGUAUUAUGUCCACUAUUCGGCAAACAACUUCGCAAAGCUUGUUGAGGCUGGCCAGGCAUCAUGGGAGGCCGUUGAGAUUCCAGUCAAGAAAGCCAAAUCGCUAAAAAUCAAGGCACCGCCUUUUGGGGUUCUUCCCGAGCUUGAUGAGCAUGGAUUCCCCAAAAAGGAAUUUCCAAAGAAUUUGUUGAAGGAUCCAUAUUCAACUCUACUCGACGGGAUUAUGGCUGUCAAACCGCCCAACUAUCUUCUUUCUUCGAGCGAUCCGUUUGUUGUUGAACUUCCAAACGGUCAACAUGUGAUCCGUACACGUACUGAUAAACUCCCGCCUGGCUCCAAGCAGCAACAUGAGCCCCGUUUCCGGCCCAAGGGACGACCGAAGGGCCGACUGAAUCGUGCGACCGUGGAAAAGCUUGCCAGAGAAGCCAAAGCCAAAGAAAGCGAUACCAAAGAAUCUGGAGCUAGAGAACCCGAAGCUAGCGAAUCUGAACCCAGAGAAUCUCAAGUCCUGGAAUUCGAAAUUGAACCCAAGCUGGAGCCAAGCCAAGGUUACGGCUGGGAAUAUGUUGACGAAUCCGCACGAGCCAAGAGAGCUAAAAACAAGCAUGACAGCCUCAGGGGAUUGUCAAAGCAAGAAAAGUUUGAAGCACUUGGUAUGGAUGAAACUUGGACUGAAUACAAAGCUCUUGUCAUGGACAAACCUGCUCCUGGUGUGUAUGUGACUCCCCACGGCCGAAGAAGACCAGCUGGCAAGGCGCGAGGUCGCCCGAGACAGUCGCGAAUUGCGAUCUUCAAAUCGCCAAAAUUAGUAUUACUCCCUUGGUUUGUCAAUGAUAAAGAUGACUCAAGUGAUGAUGACAAGGUUCGGGAUGCUGCUACUAGCACUCGAGCAUCCGAGAGCCUUGCCCCUGAAGCUGCACCUUCAGUUAUCAACUCCGAGCGGCCCGUCAUGACCCCCACCCCAAAAACUUCGAAGCGAGCCAAAAGAACUCUACCUGACCAGUUAGCGGACUCACCCAUACCUCCUAAACGAUCUCGUCUUCACCCGGCACAAAAUGGAACAAAUGAAAGUCCCUUGAAGGAUGCCAAUGAGGUUUUGCCCGAGAAUGUAGGUCCAGCACCCCAAGAGGGUUCAAUCAAAGCGAUUACACCGCGCCACCGCGACAAGAGUGCCAGCGUUCAUCUACUCGAAGACGAGCAAACUGGGACUCCAUCAAAGCGACGCCGCGUAGCACCCUCUGACCGCAGCGAUAACAACCACAUGACUCUCCAAUCCCCGACACCCCGUCCAUCUGAUGUUCCGACACCACGGUCAGGCUCAGUGGCCCCCCAGAAGUUUAAUUUCGGUAUCAAUGGCACCAAACCUGGAAAAAAGCCACGUGUUCGGAACAGAGUCAAUAUCAGAACCAUGACAAUUUCAGGGGAAGAAGAAUCGGGAUCCCCAAAGCCUUUGUCUACGAGAGGUGGAUCUAUCAGUGUCCUUCGGAGGAAGCUCAUCAUGGAAAUCAUGGAAAAGGCUAAUGGUGUAUACCCCGCGGGCACUGCAAUGUGGUAUCCUUUUGUCACUGCAUGGAUGAAGUUCCAUCCCAAAGAAAAGCCAGACAUGCGAACGAUCAAUACUGCAUGCAAGCAAUUGAUUGAUGCUGGCCAGCUUCGGCAGCUGACUUUCAGCGGCAGAGACACAAGAAAAGUGAUGGUGACGAGGACAUUGUUGUUGAGGCCUGAUAUGUCACCAGACGAUCCGUUAGUGAAAGAGAUGCAGAGCAAGAUCCUGGCUACUGAUUUCCACGAGUCCCGGCCCUUCUUUGCGGCCAAUGUCGAGAUGGAUCCAAACUUGACAAGGAAUAGUGGUCGACCACACGGUGCACCUGUCCGCGCGCAGAGGUUCUCCUUCCCCGUUGAAGAAGGAACCCAGGUUCACUUGCAACAAAAGCCUCUCUCCAUUGUGAACUUAGAGGCAAGAAGAAGGAGACAGGCCCAGGCGAACUUCAUCAAACGCCUGGAAGCCCAAGCAGCCAAGGCUGCUAAGGUUGCUGAAGAAAUGGAUAAAAUGCCCGACGUGCCUGGAGUUCAGCGACUCAUGACACUUGCACGCCCUCCUGAAUUGGACCUUGAUGCUCAUCCGAACACGUCAAUUAUUCGUCCAUAUGUUCGAAAAGGUACACGUGGUCCUGGCAAGCAAAAGCUGAUCAUAAAUCCCAAACGUGUGAUGAAACCAAUUUCCGCCAUCGGGGCGUAUGCCAUGUUGAUGAAUCCAGUGCAACAAUUUAAUCCAACUACUGGGACUUUCUCCACAGGGUCAUGCUCAGCCAAACGCAAAAGGGGUAGGCCAGUGGCAGAAAAGCAGCCGACUUUCAACAUUGAGAAAUCUGUCGAUGAGUUAUCUAGACUGGCCCAUGACGAACCACAGCUGCCGGAAAUGCCCAUGGCUGUCAAAUCCAAAGUUUUACGCUCGAGAUUCGAUCAAAAGACCAAAAAGAUUCUCAAUUGGGAGCUUCAUCAUCCAAAUCUCUUUGAAUCAAACCUUGAAGGCCAGCAGUUUAUCGACCAAACCAUUCAGGAUGGUUUCAAUCCCGCGCCGAUCAAUGGCGAUAUUCGCUUUGAUAUCGACAUGCCCCCUCCUCCGAAACAGCCUGAAGUGGAACCAGAGUUGCCAGCACGACGUAGCGAGGUCCGUCGCCAGCGCCAGCCUCUACCUCAGCCUCCUGUAACAACUACUCCGAAAGAGGAGGCACCCAAGCGGACACCAAAACCAAGAAGGACUCGGGCUCCUCGGGUUCACCCCACGGACCGCCGUCUGGCCAAACUUGAUGAUACUGCAACACCCGACAAAGAAGCACAAUCGGCGACCCCGGCGACCUCCAAACGCCUUCGCCGAAAGCGAUUCGUGCAUCCUAUCUCCGAGGAUCUCAAACAAAAGCUCGCGGUUGCUCUUGUCGUUGUCCGUGUGCUUGCAGGCGGAGCAGAAUCAAGAGUGAUCGAUUGGACUCUUGUGACGAAAGCUUUCCCAAACCAAGACCCGUCUUUCACUGAAGCGCGAGCGCGUCAGAUACUCAACAAGAAUCGCUUGCAGAUUACGAAGAUGCAUCGAGAUUUCCAGGAGUGCUUCCUUGAGGCUUACGAAAGGGAUGAAGUCCCACGCAUUGAUUAUUCCGAUUUGGACAGCUAUGAUUGGCCUGCCCUGGUUGAGUGGGCAAGCACUAGGCUGGAUGUCUCUCCAUCCGAACGGGCUCCAGACCUUCCAGCAACACGGGAGCAGUUCGACAGUGUUUUCGAACUACGCGAAGAUCCUCUUACGGCAGGUGAUGAACUGUACCAGGCUGUGCACGGCGUCACUAUCAACCACAAACGCAACUUGAUGGCGCGCAAUCCAUUUGCUGUACCUGUGGAUGAUGAAACACGCACCCAAUCAAUCACACGAAAGGCUCAUGCAGAACAACUUGAGGCUGCGAAGACAUGGGUCCGUGCGAAUAUCAUCACCGCAGAAGAGACCUAUCGACCCAAUGAGUCGAGCGACAUCCUGCAACGCUUUGGCGAUCGACUCAUCACCACUGCGACGCAGACACUAAUCAACGAACGUGUCUUCAGUUCAACAACCCGUGGCCGCGUCAAUCCGGGUCGCAACUACGAUAUCUCAGAACAUUUCCUGCAGACACUGAGCCGAAAACGUGCCGUCGAAAGCUCCCAGCUGCGUCGUGCCGCUCAUUUCAAAUCAAACACGCUAGAUCUCCAAUUCCGGACUACUGGUGCAUUCGAUAUCGAGUACGCCGCAGAAGACGGUGAUAUCCUCGCGUUGAUCAACCUCUACGCUUCGGGUGCUAUUCAAAUGCGACCUCGCGAUGCCCCCCGCGCCAAGUUCGGUCUCACCGAUGGCGGAUAUGAAACUCGACAGAUGGACAAGAAACACUUCCGUUUCCCUGUCGAGGUUACUCCCACCGCGACAUACCGCUAUGGUAACCCGGUCCGCGAUAAAGCUGCAGCUACUAUCCUUUCACCCGCGCCUUCAUCAUCAGGCCCGAAUAUCCCACCCAAAAACCCUCUUUGGUACGACAUAAAUGGAGAGUUCGUGCGUCGUCUCUGGGACUUGGUUAUUGGCCCUGUUCUCGGGUGCUUGGUGAUGCGACCCGGUAUCAAGGCCGGUAACAUUUCUAACAUGAUCAAGCCCACCAUGGGCACAUGGGAAACCGUGCUGAUGCUGCAAUGGCUGGAGGAAGUUGGCAUUGUCCAGGCUGACGGCGAGGGAGAGAUGGCUUGCUGGAGAUUACAGGAGUCUUGGUGGAUGAUUCUAUCUUGA